GUCAUCCAGCAGGUGGCGCUGCUGUCAGCACUGACGCCGCUCUUUCUAUUGACACUCUGUGGUACAGGAGUGGCGCCUGGAGAUGACGUAUCUUCCCACGUGUGCCCGGUAAACACAUGUCUGCUGUCUCCAGUCAGGAAAAGUUCAAGGCGUCAGAUAUGAAGGAGGACGUGGGAAGAAUUUUGGUUCAGUUUAAGAAUGAAAGUGGGGAGCUGCUUGGUACUUCAUUUGAUAUACCUGUGGACAUUACACCUGAUAAACUGCAGCUGGUCUGUAAUGCCCUUUUACAGGAGGAGGAGCCAGUACCACUAGCAUUUUUUGUUCAUGAUGUGGAGAUUGUGACGUCUUUGGAAAAAACCUUGGAAAAACAGACCGUAGAAACAGAAAAGGUGUUGGAUAUAAUCUACCAGCCUCAAGCGGUCUUCAAGGUCCGUGCAGUCACACGUUGCACCAGUUCUUUAGAGGGACACACUGAAGCUGUUAUCUCUGUAGCUUUCAGCCCAACUGGAAAGCACUUGGCCAGUGGAUCAGGAGAUACCACUGUUCGCUUCUGGGACCUCACUACUGAGACACCUCAUUUUACAUCCAAAGGACAUACACACUGGGUGCUUAGCAUUGCCUGGUCCCCUGAUGGAAAAAAGCUGGCAUCAGGAUGUAAGAAUAGCCAGAUUUUUAUCUGGGACCCAAACACCGGGAAGCAGAUUGGCAAAACAUUAAUAGGACACACAAAGUGGAUAACAUGGCUGUGUUGGGAACCUCUUCAUUUGAACCCAGAGUGCAGGUACCUUGCAAGUGCAUCCAAAGACUGCAGCAUUCGUAUCUGGGACACUGUCAUGGGGCAGUGCCAGAAGAUCCUUACCAGUCAUACACAGUCAGUGACUACUAUCAAGUGGGGUGGAGAUGGCUUAUUGUAUUCUGCCUCACAAGAUAGAACAAUAAAAGCCUGGAGGACCAGUGAUGGAGUUCUUUGCCGCACUUUGCAAGGUCAUGGACACUGGGUUAACACCAUGGCGCUUAGUACAGACUAUGUUCUCCGCACAGGGGCUUUCAAUCCAGCUGAAGCCUCUAUCAAUCCCCAAGACAUGCAAGGCUCUUUGGAGCAGCUGAAAGAAAAAGCUCUACAAAGAUACAAUCAAGUUCGGGGACAAGAUCCCGAAAGGCUUGUAUCUGGUUCUGAUGAUUUCACAUUAUUCCUCUGGGCUCCAGCUGUAGAUAAGAAACCUUUACAGAGGAUGACAGGACACCAGGCUCUCAUUAAUGAAGUUCUGUUCUCGCCUGACACAAGAGUCAUUGCCAGCGCCUCAUUUGACAAGUCCAUUAAGUUAUGGGAUGGUAGAACUGGAAAAUACCUUGCUUCCUUACGUGGUCAUGUUGCCUCUGUGUAUCAGAUUGCUUGGUCUGCAGAUAGUAGGCUUUUAGUAAGCGGAAGCAGUGACAGCACACUAAAAGUCUGGGAUGUUAAGACCACAAAGUUAUUUGUGGACCUCCCAGGACAUGCAGAUGAGGUCUAUGCUGUUGACUGGAGCCCUGAUGGGCAGAGAGUAUCCAGUGGAGGGAAGGAUAAAUGCUUAAGGAUAUGGAGGCGAUGAGUCGAGCUAGAUACUGACAUGACUUGGAGAAAUAGGUUUGAUACUUGCAUUCAUGAAGCUGACUAUUCAUGUGCGUGGUCUAGAACAGCUUGACCAAAAGACAAUCCGACAUGCAAAGAAGACUUGUAGACCAUGACAUUGAGAUCGCAUUUGUGUUGUUUAGACACAGGUAUCAAUGUAAAUGUGGAAUUUACACCUGCAGCCUUUACAAAUAUGUCCUCCAAAGGACUAUGGACAAAAAAACACAAUGGAAUACGUUGCUGUUCUGCUUAUAUCAUCGGCAAUGCAGUCAUUUACCAAAAUAAAUCAUAUCUGAUGCUCUA